CUGUAGCACAUGUCCUUUCUCUUUUGUUUUCUGCCUGCAGCCCCAGUGCCUGCUGCAUCUACCUAAACACUGGGAAAUCGCUGCCUGGAGGAAGAGGUCGGAUCGGGACCCUGCUGGAGCAGCUUCCAGGAACUGCUGCUAAGCCUGCUAGAGAAGCCAGCAAGCGCCACUGCGACUAGAAGUCUAGACUUCAGUGAAAGUUCUUCAGCCUGCGAUUCCCACAUGCAAGUUGAUAACCUAAAACCUGCUGCUUUUCCUGUUGCUGCUGCUGCUGCCUCCAGUGCAGAGAAAGAGGCCAGUGCUCCCUGUCCUCACCUGCUGUGGUUCCCUUUGCCUGGCCUUAGAGCUACCCCGUGGGUUUGCUAUACCAUGUGGGGCUAAGAGAGGGGCAGUGUUCAGCAGGAAACAUGGAGACAGCAGGUAAAGCAGAUGGCGGGGAGCAGAGUCAUCCAAGCAGCGGCGCAGAUGCUUCUGGAGACACUUCUAUGGACCGCUACUUGMGAUCUCAGGGCUUAUAUAGAAAGAGAGUUGCCAAGGAUGGAUCUUGUCUCUUCAGAGCUGUGGCUGAGCAGGUGUUACACUGUCAGUCUCGGCAUAUCGAUGUACGGAUGGCUUGUGUAGACUAUCUUCGGAAAAAUAGGGAGAAAUUUGAAGCAUUCAUAGAGGGGCCCUUUGAAGAGUACUUAAAAUGUUUGGAAAAUCCACAGGAAUGGGUUGGACAAGUAGAAAUAAGUGCCCUUUCUCUUAUGUACAAGAGAGAUUUUGUAAUCUACCGGGAACCAAAUGCUUCUCCUUCACACGUAACUGAGAAUGGCUUUUCAGAUAAGGUGUUGCUAUGUUUCUCAAAUGGAAACCACUAUGAUAUUGUUUACCCGAUAGAGUACUCAGAAAGAGCUGCUCUCUGCCAGUCUCUUCUGUAUGAGCUGCUGUAUGAGAAGGUUUUUGAUACAGAUGUAAAGCAAAUCAUAGCAGAGCUUAGUGCUGUUGAUGUGACAGAGGAAAGUAAUGGUAGCAGUGAAGUAUCUGCUUCAGAUUCAGAAGAUGACAACUACAGGAGUAAAGCUACAAUGGUUAGUGAUAUGAGUGGAUUAAAGUCACUUUCUGGCAACAAGCACCUUAAGAGCAAUGGGAAUUCUACCUUCUCRGUCUUGUCUAAAAAAGUUCUUAAAUCACUCAACCCAUCAGUUUACAGAAAUGUUGAAUAUGAUGUUUGGCUGCAAUCCAAAUGGGAUCAGCAAAAACAAGAUUUUUCUAUUGCUGCUGGCAUGCAAUACUCAGUGGGCGAUAAAUGUAAAGUGCGCUUAGACCACAAUGGAAAAUUUUAUAAUGCCCAUAUUCAAGAAGUUUGCUCAGAGAAUGGUCCAGUUGUUGUAUUUGUAGAAGAGCUUGGAGAAAAGCAUGCUGUCUCACUGAAGAGCCUUAAACCUCUUCCACAAACCUCUCCUAUGGAGGGCUGGAACACUGUGCCAGGGAAGAAAAUAAAAAAGUUUUUCCCAACAUGGGGGCAGAAUGCUCAGCCUGAUGUAGAUUGCAGAGGGCUAAAGAAUCAGAGCAAGCCAGUAAAACCCCAGUCAGCACUACCUCCUCGACUUCAGCAUACUGUGGGAACCAGGCAGCAUCAGUUCUUAUCUUCUGGACCCCAAUCUCAUCAGACCUCAACUGAUCAAAAAUCUUCAAGCAGGAUUCCUUCCCAAACUGUAAGAAAACCAGAUCGUGAGAGACCUGAAGAUCUGAACCAGAAUAACAGAGAUUGUAACUAUUUUGGCCUGUCUCCAGAGGAACGGAAGGAGAAACAGGCCAUAGAAGAAUCUCGUUCACUUUAUGAAAUUCAGCAGAGAGAUGAGCAAGCUUUUCCUGCCCUUUCUAAUAAUCAGUCAGCUUGUCAAGCUGCUACACAGACUGUAGAUAACUUCAACCCGAAAAAGUUCUCAAGUAAUGAAAGGAGAAACAGCAAGUGGACUGCUGAAGGGGAAGAGCAGAAGAAUAAAGAGACAAAUUCCAGACAGAUCCACCUAAGUCAGAAGCCUGAGCCAAAUUCAUCUGAGAAGAAUAGUCAAGAUGAGAGUCAUCCGAAAGCUUCCUCUCCUUUGGAACAAGUGAAAAAAGACUCUCCGAUUCUUGUUGAACAAAAACUGACUGACUGCUUGCCUAGUGUGACUCCUGCACCAAUCUAUUCUGAGGUGCAUCUGCCUCCAACAGUGCCUUCUGUACCAGCCAUCGUGCCAGCUUGGCCAAGUGAGCCAGCAACCUACGGACCACCAGGUAUUCCAACCCAAAUACCUGCUCCUUCAUUGAUGCCGGCCCCAGCAACGGGACCCGAUUCUAUUGUAUCCCAGGCUCAGGUAACAUCUGCUCCAAUUGCUGGAGUUCCUGUGUCGAUACAAGUGGUUAACCAGCCUUUAAUACCUUUGCUUCAGACUCUGAAUCCUUAUCAGGAUCCGCUAUACCCUGGAUUUCCCCUUAGUGAAAAGGGAGAAAGAGCUGUUGCACCCUCUUACUCCCUGUGCAAUACUGGGGAGGACUUGCCUAAAGAUAAGAAUAUUCUGAGAUUUUUCUUCAAUCUUGGUGUGAAGGCAUACAGCUGUCCUAUGUGGGCACCCCAUUCUUACUUGUACCCCCUGCAUCAGGCCUAUCUAGCUGCCUGUCGAAUGUACCCCAAUGUUUCCCUGCCCGUGUAUCCGCACAACCUCUGGUUCCAGGAGGCUCCGCCGACUCCGAAUGAAAAUGAAACCGCAAGAGCAAACAGGCACUUUGCUAUUCAGAAUGAGGCCAGACCCAAUGGUCAAAGUUCCCAGGCUGACAGUCGGUCUCCAUCACUGCCUCUGAUCCUAUCUACAGCUCAGGUGUCAGAAAGUCGAGGACAAAUCUGUGUGGAAGCGGAGACUCCAGUGCAAGCUCUUCACACAAACUAUGAUGAGUCCCUGAGAGGGAAAAAUAUCUUCCCACAACCCCCCUUUGGACACAGUCCCUUUAUAGGAGCUGUUCCAAUAGCACCUCCUUUCUUUCCUCACUUCUGGUAUGGCUACCCCGUUCAGGGCUUUAUUGACAAUUCAGCAGCAAGACCUAACGUUCUCCUGUCACCCGAGGAGAAAGAGGCGACGCCUGGCAGCUCCACCAGCGGCUAUUUGGUGAAGGAGUGCGGCCCGCCACUUCCCGGAGGGAGCUGCGUGGAGCAGCCCAACGGGGGCAGCGGCUGCGCUGCGGCACCGCUGCCCGCGGCCGGCAGCGAAUGCAGCGCCAAGGAGUCRCUGGCCAGGGCAGGCAAGGUGGAGCCAGCCUGCACUCCUGCUGCUUCCGCGAAACAAGCAAUAACGGGGCUGCAGAAGCGCGCCCCGCAGGCACAGGGGAGUGAGAGGCAGGCAGCCAUGCCCAAACCCAYGGCACCGCCGUUGGCAGAGCCACCGAAAAACGAACUGAGAAGCUCUGUUCCCAGUCGUAAGGAGAAGGCUGAUAAAGCUAGAGACUCCAAGGGUCCUGCCAAUGUACAGAUGGAAAGCAGGGCUCCGAGAACACGGGAGGAGAGCUCUGAAGAUGAAAGUGAAGUUUCCGAUAUGCUGAAAAGUGGCAGGUCCAAGCAGUUCUAUAACCAGACUUACGGAGGAGGCAGAAGGCCUAGGCUCGAGUGGGGGUACUCCAGUAGGGGAGGAUACCAGUUCCAAAGGAAUGAGGAAGCCUGGAARGGGCCGCCCAGCAGAAGCAGAGAUGAAGGCUACCAGUACCAGCGAAACUUCCGCGGGAGGCCGUAUAGGAAUGACAGGAGAAGGGCAACACUGGGAGAUAAUCAGAGGGGGCAUCAAGCAUAGGAUGAAUGGAUAAUUGAGAUUUUUAAAUGCAAAAAGUCGUUUGAUGUAGAUGAUUCAAAUCUUAAUCUUUUUCUUUAUAAUAAAGCCCAAGGUCUUAAGUUUUGGUAAGCAAAGACUUGGAGGACAUGAACUCCUAUUUUUUUUUUUCUCUUGGGGAUUACAAAAUUUGUUUGGCUUAGUAUUUUUUUUUUCUUGAUGUCAAAUUAGAAAACAUUAAUAUAGGUUUAGUUUUUGAUUUUUUUUUCAUGAAGGUUUGUGUGUGUUAUAAGAUGGUUAAAUGUGUUUCCUAGCGUGACAAAUUAAAGCAUUUGCUGUGAUCUGGAUUCUGAAAUAGAUGGUAACAUUGCACCAAAUAUAAAUGUAUAUUUUAUCAUCCAAUGCCUUAGUUCUGAACUGAGCUAAAGGAAUUCUCAGCCUACUGCACUGUUGUCUUUGAUAUGCUUCCAACCCAAAGGCCUUUCAUCUCAAAAAUCUGUCAGACUUGAAUGUUUCUCUUCCGUGUGUUACACAUAUGGCAGCCAGCUAACCUUGUGUCUUAGGUAUGUUGUAUAUAGUUCUUUUAAUAUUCAUAGGGUCUAUUUUUGAAUUUUAAAAAGCAUUUAUUUGUUGAAAUCAAAAUCAAGACAAGCAGUCAAGAAUAGCUGUGUACGAAUUGAUAGGAAUGGCUGUUUCCACCAAGAAUUCUUAAUGCUGGUGCGACUAGAAUGGUGCCUAUGCCAACUUAAUUACAAAGACAAUAAAAAUGUAGAUGCUAUGCAUUUCCAAAAUAAUUCUGAAUCUGUUAUAAUAGCAGACUUUUUUUAAUGCCACUUUAACACUAAUGCACUGACAAAUCCUAGAUGUUUUGUGAGGAAGAGAUGCAUAAAAUACAUGUUACUUUUUUAAGUUUGUAUGAUGAGCUACUGUUCAGUAUUCUUUUUGUUGUUGUUGCACUGUUGAUGCAAAUUUGUGUUUUGCAUGUACAACUCACUGCUGGAACUACKUUUUUAAAACCCAGCUGGGUGUAGGCUCCAAGUGUGCUCUGCUUUUCCCUAGACUUCAGAAGAAAGUGGCUUCUGCCUUAUAUUUUUACACUGUGUCAGACUUUGGGUUGCUGUUUCUUCUGACCCCAGACCCAUCUCUGCAGUGAUCCUCUUGCCUUUGCAGUUGGGAUGUUGGGCUGCCCCAACCCCACGYGUGGUGUGCGCAGUAUUCACACAGCUCUGAUGCUCUGUAAAAUAAACUGUUGUGUAUAUUUUUAUAUCUCUGUAUAUACUAGUGUAAGAGGUGA